UUAAUAAUAAAUUGGACCUGGCAACACUACUCAUGAGCCAUGAGCUGUCAUUUGAAUUCUAUGUUGUAUUUUAUUUCCAAUGAUUCUGACUCAAUAAUUACGAACCACACAAGCACUAUCUAAAAAUACAUUCAUGUAGAUAGAAAAUCUUUAUUUGUUGACCAAGAAUUACGAACCACUAUAAUGUAUAGAUGGUGGCACAGAUUUAUACGCCGUAGAACUAAACCUAUUCCAGAAGAUACAGCAAUAAUCUGGAAGCGACGACUGAGCAUUGCCUAUGGGUUAAUAGCAUGGAAUGCAUUUGGUUUACUUGUGUACAAUAUAUAUCAAGGCAAAGCAGAUUGGGCGCAUUAUUAUGGCUUAAAGUCUGAUGAAGAACGAACAACGCCGCCAGGACUAGCAUGGGCAAAUACUCUUGGUAUAAAAAAUGCUAAAGUUUAUAGGAUAUCAGGGGUGUCUAAAGUUGGCGAAUAUGAUAUUGUUGAUGGUAAAAGUGUGACAAUAAAUUCUAAUGAAGAACAACUGACACAAGAUAGUUAAGAUCCUUAAUAGCACUAGUCUGCCAAAGUAAUGAUUAUACAUACCUAGAUGUGUAAAUAUUGAAUUGAGACUAUAGAUUGUUAAAAUAUAUAUCUAUUACAGAUUGUUUGUAUUUACUUUAGGCAGUA